GAGGAGAAGAAGGAGAAAAUAAGAGGACAGCUGAUGAGCAGCAUGGAGGAGAAGAAAGAGACCCCUGGAGCUCAGAAACCGAAAGGAAAAGAAAGACAUCACAGCUGUCAGCAAUGUGACCAAUCCUUUUCAACAUCUGGAAAUUUAAAGCGCCACCUGCUUGUUCACACUGGAGAAAAACGGUACGGCUGUGAAGAGUGUGGGAAAACUUUCACUCAAUCAGAUAAUCUCAAAACACAUCAACCUAUUCACACUGGAGAAAAACCGUACAACUGUGAAGAGUGUGGGAAAACUUUCGCUCAUUCAAGUUCUCUCGAAACACAUCACCUUAUUCACACUGGAGAAAAACCGUACAGCUGUGAAGAGUGUGGGACAACUUUCGCUACAUCAGGUGCUCUCAAAACACAUCACCGUAUUCACACUGGAGAAAAACCGUACAGCUGUGAAGAGUGUGGGAAAACUUUCGCUCGUUCAGGUUCUCUCACAACACAUCACCGGCAGCGCUUCACAACCGAGGCCUUCCUGCUGAAGAACACCAUGUUAGGCAGCUUUAUGGAGGAGCUGAAGAAGACUGGACCCCCAGCUGCUCCUGCUGAAUCUCUUCUAUGCUGGAGCUGA